AUGAUUCCAGCCAACUCCGACAAGAAGGACUGGAACUAUUUCCGCUUUAGUGGCUUGGUAAAAUGCCAUUGGAGACCAUUCGGAGACGAUAUGUACGAGUUGAUCAUCAUCGAAAAUCCACAUUGCACCCCAGGUGUAUUUAACACCGAGGUUGAUGGGGCAAGGGCCUAUGCUACCUCCGACCUUUUCGUACCUCAUCCAACCAGACUUGGUUACUGGCGUAUCCACGGUCGUGCAGAUGACCAACUUGUCCACAGUACGGGAGAAAAGACAAAUCCAGUUCCUCUUGAACAACUUUUGAAUCAAGAUGCUCACGUUGCGGCAGCGGUCAUGUUCGGACAUGGUCGAUUUAAUGCUGGGGUUUUGAUUGAGCCGAAGGAAUCGUUCGGGUUCGAUCCUGCUGAUGAAAGAAAGCACGCAGAAUUUUGCAAUCUCAUUUGGCCCGCCGUCGAGCAGAUGAAUGAACAUGCACCACAGCAUUCUCGACUGUUUAGAGAGAUGAUCUUGAUCGCUUCGCCUGAAAAGCCCUUUACAUACACUGCUAAAGGAACAGUGAGGCGCCAAGCUGUUCUUCGGGAUUAUUCCGAAGAAAUAUCAAGGCUCUACGACAUUCUUGAUGAGAACACCCGUUCCAACAUUUCACCACCCACAAUCUGGGACAUCGACUCCACUAUGCGGUUUGUACGCGGCGUGGUUGGAAACACCUUGGUUCGUUCUGUCCGAGAUGACGACGACAUUUUCGAGUACGGCUGCGAUAGUCUCCAAGCAACAUGGAUCCGUAACACUAUCCUUCGUGCUCUAAGAGACUUUGCCUGUUUGGACAGCCGUCCCAUUACCAGCAGCUUCGUUUACGAUUACCCUACCAUCAACCGACUCUCUACAUUUGUGUUCUCCCUUGCUACUGGUGGAAUGGUUCCCGAGCAGCUCGAUGAAAGUUCAAAGAAAAUUAUCAUGGCAGGAUUUGUGGAUAAGUUUUCAGAGAACUUGCCCGCUCGACCACGAUUGAAUCCCACUUCCGAGGAAAACUCAGAGAAAGUCGUGCUGGUAACCGGAAGCACAGGAAAUUUCGGGUGUUAUGUGCUCCAUAGCAUGGUCAAAGAUCCGACUGUUGCACACGUGUAUGCGUUGAUUCGACGAGGAACGGCCGAUAUCUCGCAGCGUCAGCGAAAAGCAUUGGAGGAUCGUGGUCUAGAUGCAAAGGCAAUCCUGUCGGGAAAAGUGACAUUCCUUGAAUGCGAUUUGAGCCAAGACCAACUCGGGCUCGACGAUUCGGUGUUCAGUAUGAUCCUGCACAGUGUUACCCAUGUUGUGGAUAUGGCAUGGCGUGUCGACUUUAAUCUCAGUAUCAGUUCAUUCCAAACAAAUCUGAAAGGAAUGCGAAAUCUGGUCGACGUCGCAAUUCGACGAGAUGCUCACUACAUAUUUGCCAGCACUAUCGGUGUAUGCCGAAACAUUACUAAUGGUCGAGAAGAAUUUGUUACUGCCGACGGGGCUCUCGGGACUGGAUACACAGAAUCGAAAUGGGUGGCGGAACAGGUUAUCCGAGCUGCAUCUUCCUCGACUGGACUACGUGCCUCUAUAGUGCGAGUUGGGCAGCUGACUGGUGGGAUCAACGGCGCAUGGUCGACGAAGGAAUGGUUGCCUUCUCUGAUCCAGGCUUCUUCUUUCUUGAAACUGAUUCCUGACGACAACAGAAUCGUAUCAUGGAUUCCGCUUCCUAUUGCUGGCGAUAUUAUGGUUGAUUUUCUAAGCUCGCCAACUGCUGCAGAAGUUCCUCAGAUCUUACACCUUCUUCACCCCCGACCUGUCUCGUGGACGAAGCUCGCUCGAGUUUUCGCCACGAAGCUGGGCGCUUCACUGGUACCGUACGAGAUCUGGCUCCAUGCCCUGGAGGGUGUCACAAGCCGAAUCGGUCCGAACAAGCUGAAUGCACUCACUCUUCUGCUUUUUUUCAAGAAUGUGCAGGAGACCGUAAACGAUACCGAUAAGGAAGCCUUUGGUUUUGCCAAACUGAGCAUUGAAUGGACGCUAGGAAUUUCUCGGCAUUUACGAGGAGAGGAAUUGACCGACCUCAGCGAGGCGGAUGUUGACUUGUGGACGACUUAUUGGAGGAGGGAAGGGAUGCUGUAG